AUGACGACAACGGAUAAAGAAAGAGUUGUGGGCGCAGUGUUCGUUCAACCAAACGRUCGAGUUCUCUCUGUUGAUUGUAGCAGAAGUAAUGAUGAUGGUAUCGUACAUGGUGCGAUAAGAGCGCUACUCAAGUACCCAGAUCAAGUCGAAGGUUGCUACGUUUAUUUGUCAAGACAACCGUGCGCUCACUGCGUAAAGAUGCUUGUUCAAGCAGCCGUCAAGAAAGUGUUCUACCUGCCUUUGAAGCCUGAGCGGAAAGAUGAGCAAGAAGAAAACAAGAGUGUUGAUGCAUUAUUUAAAGUAAGCCCAGUAAGCAGAGAAGUCUAUGUCCCAAACAUCACCAAGGGUGAUUUAGACGAACUCGCAUCAGCAAAUAAAAAGAAUCUAUAUGGUAAACGCAAAUUAGAAAAAGACGAAAGCGUCGCAUUAAAGGUUGAAUGGGACGAGGAAUGGAAGAAAGAAAUCGCAGCUAAGAUUGGUUGGGAUGAAUACUCCGAUGCAGAAAUCAAAAAACAGGUAGACGUUGAAAUGCAAAAUUUUUUCGAAUGGUUUGAUAAGGGAAUCCUGGAAACAGGAGAGAAAGAGAUGAAUUUUAAAGUACGAGGAAGCAAGACCACCCAAGGACCGGAUGUGACUCAAAAGGUUGCCAACCAUUUGUCACGCCUUGCUCAAAUGUUGUCCAACCGAACAGACGACCCAAACAGAGGCGUUGGCUGUGUCAUCAUCAUUGACGAAGAGAUUGUCGCAAUCGGCUGGAAUGGCUUCCCUGCCAAGGCACUGUACGGUAACCAUCCCCGUCAAGGAAAGUCUGCAGUCGGAGGGCGUGAUAAGUACCCACACAUAAUUCACGCUGAACAGAAUGCCUUGAUGCGCAGAAAUAGAAGAAAACUUAACGACGCGACUGCAUUUGUCAACAAAAUACCGUGUAACGAAUGUUUGCCAAUGUUGUGCGAUGCUGGAGUAAAAGCACUCUAUCUUUCAAAAGAUGCUUUCAAAAAAAAGAAUGAAACUACCGAGACAAGCUUCUAUGAACUACUAGAGAACCCGGAAAACGAUUUAACCGUCUAUGAACAAAUAAUAAAAGACAAAUAUUACAUGGUGUCAGAAGUGGACAAGAAAUUAUGGAGGAAUUGA